CAGUAAGACUUUGGGAAUGAAAUGCUACAAUCUCCUCUUGUCUAUGGUGUUUUUCUGCAAUAGUUCCCUACGCAAUCAUUAUAGCAGAAUAAAGGAAAUAAUCUAGGGAUAGUGAUUCAAUAAAUAACAGGUGCCCUGUCUAGAGCGUACGCGUCCUUGAGCCACGCAGGUGCAUGAUGACGUCAUACUGUGGCUUCAUUGUAGAUUGACCAAAGGAGCAUUAGUGGAAAAAAACAGGGUAGCCCUGAGACAAUAGGAUGACGUCACGACCAAUGAGAACGGCCAGCAGGGGGCGCAAGGAUUCACUUCUCUCUUGGACACUGACGGGUCUCGACACGCAAAUUCUGCUCCUGGCGUUGGCCGUCAGUGGAAGAGCGUAGCUUCGGUGGGGUUCUGUCUGCCUCUGAUGGGGUGCGGAUGUGUGGUUCGUCACUGGUGAAUGGUGUUCGACGAUGCAGGUGGAUUUUGUGACGAGCGGAUUUACAAUGAGGGAAUGCUGUGAAUGGGAAAAAUGAUGCCUCUCGCAGGUUGCGGUAGGAGCGCGCAGAGGGCGCUACGAGCGCGUGCAUGCGUAGCACCCGUAGAGUGGCGCUUACGUCAGUCCACCUCUGGCUCUCGUUGGGAGAAGACGUGCGGUCGUUCGCUCCGUCGUCACUUGAUCCCUGGCUGUCGACGAGAGCAGUCACAUCGGUCUGCGCUCCUACUGUGAGCUGACCUAACUUGCCCAGACAUGCCAUGAUGACGUCACAGCUGACGUCACAGGAUGUCCGGAACUGGUGCUGCGAUGCUUUGCAACCUGCCUCCGUGCUCCGUCGCCCAGCGACAGUCAGCGGCCGUUCCGGACCGCUUUCUUCAAGAUGAUGUCGCUGAUCUUCAACGAUACUCCUUCUCUCCACUCUAUCUCUAUCUAUUUUUUUAUUUUUUAUCAGCUCAAGUAGCCGGAAACUCACACAAUGGUCUGGACGUGUCUUAGAUGAUCCCCAAUUAGUGUAAUGACUCCCUGAAUGAUCCUAAUUACUGUGGGGGGUCCCAAAUUGCUCUAAUUGCUAAUUAAUGGCGUCCAGACGAAGAUGUGACUUGCCGGCUUCUUGAGCUGAUCCCAUACUACUUGCAGCAGGUCGAUACACUUGGUGCAAUAGCGCGACCUCUGAGUUGUUGGAUAUUUUGUCCGAAGAGAGAAUUCUGGAAAUGCUGGACGCCACGCAGCAGCGCAAUCAGUGCCAUUUCAGGAAGACUGAGGAGGAAAUGAAAGCCCUGGGUUACUCUUGGGACUGGAAACAAAUUCGUAUGAACUUUAAGAUGCUCAAGGCCAAAUAUAACGUGAACGCCUCCGACAGGAAGCAAGUGGCGCUGCGCCUUCGCAAUGGAAGUGGUACGAAAAGAUGCACACGCUGCUUGGACACCGAUCAUUAGUGAAGGCACGCACAUAUGGUGUAGACAGCCAAGAUGAAAACAGCAGUGCAGCUACCGGUGACAGUGGAAGCACCAGAGAAGAAUCUGACGAGUCAUCUCCAGAUGCACCACCAGUUAAGCGUCCGCACAUGAACAGGGGCACCCAAGCUCUCUACAAUGCCCAGAAACAGCUGCUGUCUGAUGCCUACUCACAACAUCUUCAUUUUGCACGAGAACAAGCUGCAGUACAGUUAGAGCAGCACAGGGCAAUGUUUGAGACCGAACAGCAAAGCAUGCAGCUUCUGCUCACGAGCAUGACACAAACGUUUAUGCAGGGCACACAGGCAAUGAUGUCCCAUGGCGAUUUCGGGUGAUGCACCUGGUAAUCCGGGCGACAGCGCCCAGGUCCAGUGCAUGCUCUACACAGGAGUCGCUUUGGGGCAGUCAUCACCCGAAUUUCUCGGACGUUCUACCGCUCUUCUACGAGGGUCGCUGCGCUCGCUACACAUUGUGCAUUCGUCGUGUUCGUGAACUUACGGCAGCGUCGUUGGCGUGGUCGCGCACUUUCACCUGAUUACAAGCAUAGCUUGCGAGAAGCAAGUCACAUCAUCCUCUUUGUCAUUCGCAUUAUCGGUGUUAAUGGACCAUUUGCGUGAGAUGUGGGGAUGUGGGGUUUUUCCUGGGUUUUCCUCAGACGCUUUCAGACAUAUGUCGGCACAGUUCCCUUAGAAGUCGGCCGAGGACGCACAUUCCCCCAGGGCGUCAGUCGUGACGUUGCCCACAGAAGUGGUCACAGAAGAGCUGUCUUUGGUACGGGCUUUUUCUCAGAGGAUAGUUGUCCCUCAAAAAUGAACAGAGAAAAUCGCGCACAGAAUGUGUGUCAUUCUCUUCAUAGGUGCUCUGCAGAGCCGGUUCCCUUCCACUGUCCCGCACAGUCCAGGAUUCACUGAACACUUCGUUUCGUUGUUCGCAGAAGUUGUGGAGGGUGCACGCCGCUGCUGCAACAGUGGGGACGAAUUUGUAGAAAAUAUCUGUGCGUUUCAUAAUCAUUCUCCACCGGCCUUUCAACCUUCCAGAGGCUUGCUCCACCACUAUUCGUGCCUCGUUCAGGUAGCAAUUGAAUGACUCCUGUUCCGCCGUCAAACCUGAUUGCGUAGCCCUUGCGAACCUUGUUGCGUAGCCCUUGAUCAGUCACGGCAACAGGGGAUAAGCUGGAUCACGCACCAGCAUGUGAGGAACACAUUUACCGUCAACUACUUUGUUGUUCUUUGGAAGAAUCUCAUUUCUCAUUUGGUAGAGGACCGACGACUUGAAUGCAUUUGCGUCAUGUGCACAGCCGGGCACUUUACACGAGAUGCUUCUAAACCUGCAGUGUACAAAAAUAGUCGGAGCACAAAAUAGGUUCCAAUGUCUGCACAUCUACACCAGUAUCUGUAGCAUUCAAAAUUUGAAGCAAUUACUCU